AUCACCCGAACAGAAGUAUGGGAAAUGAGCCCGCGAUGCUGUCUUACGCAAUAAUCCAAAAUGGCGCAGGCGUCAAUGUCGAGAUACGCUUGUUUAAAUUGUUGUCGUUUAUCUGGCUGUCAUUUUGGUGCAGCACGUGGAAGUGGUGGACAUUGUGGACGAAUAUGGACAAGCUAUACGCGUUUUGAAAAUCAACAGAUYAGACAGUAUGCUUACAAGCGACCCGAUGAACAACCUGGUCUUAUUGGACGGUUUAUACAGAAUAUUAGAGAAGGACUGGAACGAAACAAAGAAAUGCAGGAUAAUAUUAAGAAGUUCAAAGAACAAACAGAAAAAUUCGAAUCAUCAGAUACUUUAAAAACAGCAAAAUCAAGGUUCCAGGUUUUUGGUCAAGUGAAGGAAAAGAUGUCUGAUGCCAGUGCAAAGGUCUCUUCUUCAGCAAAAUCUUUAUCUGGAUCUAUGUCAACUAAAGUAUCCCAGGCAUAUGAAGAUUUAACAAAGAGUGAAGCAUAUCAAAAAGGGAAGGAAGCAACAGAAGAGCUUAGUAAGUCAGCACAAGAAGCUGCAUCAAAAGUAAAGGAACAAGGAGAGGAACUGGGCAAGACAACAGCUUUCAAGACAGUUUCUACUGGCUUCAAAGUUGUAAAGGAAGAGGUAUUAGAUGAAGAGUUGAAACAAUCAAGACCAUAUCARACACCAGCUGAACUACGGCGGAGAACACAACCAAGUCAAAAUGAAGGCAUUAAAAMAGAAGAAAGAAGAAUAGAAGCAGAUGAGGAUACAACAGGGAUGGUUUUACACAAAGAUUCCAAAUGGUAUCAACAAUGGCAGGAAUUCAAGGAUAACAACCCCGUYGUCAAUGGUCUUUUCUCACUCAAAAUGAAAUAUGAUGAAAGUGAUAAUCUAUUUGUWAGAGCAACAAGAGUUGUAACUGACAAAGUUGGUGAUAUUUUCAGUGAUGUUUUUUCACAGUCAGAUAUGGCAAAAACAUUAUCAGAAAUCACGAAAAUAGACCCUCAGUUCAACAAAGACAAAUUUUUACAAGAAUGUGAAUUUGAAAUUAUCCCUUCAGUUCUGGAGGCUUUUCUUAAUGGAAAUCUUGAGUUACUGAAAGAUUGGUGCUAUGAGCCAGCAUACAAUGUAUUGGCAGCACAAACUGAACAAAUUAAACAAGUUGGACAUAAACUGGAUGCAAAACUAUUGGACAUCAGAGAUGUUGAUCUGGCAAUGGCAAAAAUUAUGGAACAAGGUCCAGUAUUGGUACUCACAUUUACUGCACAACAAAUWAUGGUGCUACGGGAUGCCACUGGCAAUGUAAUUGAGGGAGGAGAGGAUAAUAUUGAAAAUGUUAGCUAUGUGUGGGCGUUAUGUCGUGACCAAAGUAUCUUAGAACACAGAAUGGCAUGGAGAGUACUAGAAUUUGGUAUCCAAAACAGCACUGCUUGGGUCUAAACUACCAGCUGAACUUUUAAAAUUGACAAAAAACAUUAUAAAAAUAAUGGCUUAAAUAAAAUAUUUUAUGAUUUGGAAUACUUGAAA